UAUUUUUAGUAUUUAUACUGUUUUACAAUGACGGGCAUUUUAGUUUCUCUUUGUAGAGUGUUAAGUGUGGUGAUAAAAAUUAUAGGUAUCUGUGACUACUGAAUAGUGUUUGGCUGAAGAAAAAUGGCUCCAGAAAUUAAAUAUACUAAGCUUUUUAUUGACAACGAGUGGGUGAACUCAAAGAGCGGUAAGACCUUCGAUACGAUAAGUCCUCAGAAUGGGUCUGUUAUUGCUAAGGUUUCCGAAGGCGAUAAGGAUGAUAUAGAUGAGGCUGUGAAGGCAGCUCGCCGCGCAUUCCAUCGCAACUCUGAGUGGCGACUAUUGGACGCAUCAGAGCGCGGUCAGAUUCUCCAGAAAUUCGCUACCUUAGUAGAACGAGAUGCCAAUUACCUUAGCGAAUUAGAGACUCUUGACAAUGGCAUGGUGCGAUCCUUAUCAAAUAUGUUAAUUGCUAGCACCGUUAAAAGCAUUCGGUACAUAGCAAGUCUUGCAGACAAAAUUCAAGGGGAAACAGUUCCUAUUGAUGGCGACCAGUUUUCAUAUACACUAAGGCAGCCAGUCGGAGUUUGCGGUCUUAUCUUACCAUGGAAUGUCCCAAUAUUGAUGUUUGUCAAUAAGGUGAUGUCGGCUCUAGCUGCCGGUUGUACCGUUGUGGUGAAGCCUGCAGAACAGACCCCACUUACUGCGUUGGCUUUGGCGGCUCUAUUGAAAGAGGCUGGUGUACCAAAAGGUGUGGUCAACGUGAUCACCGGAUAUGGAGAGACUGCUGGAGUUGCUCUUACACAUCAUCCUGAUGUUGCCAAGAUAUCUUUUACUGGAUCUGUCGAGGUGGGUAAGCUGAUUCAACAGGCAGCGGGUGCUAAUAAUCUCAAACGAGUAACGCUUGAACUCGGCGGCAAGAGUCCCUUAGUUAUUAUGGAUGACGCGGACUUGAAUUUGGCCGUGCCAAUCGCAGCACAUGGAGUAUUUACUCACCAGGGUCAAAUUUGCGUAGCUGCAUCACGUUUGUAUGUGCAAUCUGCUAUUUAUGAUAAAUUUGUCCAAGCGGCUGUUAAUUAUGCAAAGAACAUAAAAGUAGGAGACCCUAAUGACAAUACUACCCAACAAGGGCCUCAGGUCGAUGAAUUGAUGAUGAAUAAAGUUUUGGGUUACAUCGAAAAAGGUAAAAAAGAAGGAGCAAAGCUUUUGAUCGGUGGUAAACGUAUAGGCACCAAAGGAUAUUAUCUUGAGCCAACCGUAUUCGCGGACGUCAGAGAUGAAAUGACCAUUGCCAAAGAAGAGAUUUUCGGGCCUGUGCAGAGCAUCAUUAAAUUUGAUACAUUAGAUGAGGUUAUUGAUCGUGCUAACAACACGAGUUACGGCCUCGCCGCUGGUAUCAUUACUACCAAUAUCAACAGUGCGUUGCAAUUCAGUAAACACGUUGAAACUGGUGUUGUUUGGGUAAAUACUUAUCUGGCUAGUGGAGUUCAGGCUCCAUUUGGUGGAUUUAAAGAUUCUGGACUCGGUCGCGAAAAUGGUUUGCAUACUUUGGAUCCCUACUUAGAAGUGAAAUCUGUGAUCAUCUCUCUUCCUAAGAAACUGUAGUCCUAUACCUAGUUUAAGAUUUGAAAACAUCUUGAUGUUUGAUAUUUUAUUGAAGUGAAUUGACGACCUACCUCCAAGCAAGCCAAGCAAGAGUGGUUUAGAAUACAAAUUACGUGUAAUUUUAUCAGAAUACUUGUUAUUCUAUGAUUAAAAUAAAAGUUACAUUGGAUACAAAUAACUUUCUGUAUAACUAUUUACAUAUUGUAAAUGUAGUAAUUAGUGUAUUUAAAUUAAGAAUUUUAAAAUAGUACAACUAAAAAUUUUAUGGUUUUUCUAGGACAGGUUUUAAUGUAGCUAAGUAUUUUUAAAAUAUUGUAUUACGUAAUUUUUUCUCGACUUUGAAAUAUUAUAAUUUUAGAAUUUAUUUUGUGAUUUAAAUGUUUUAACUAUGACGAUUAUUGCAAUAUUUAAAAAGGUAAUUAUUGGAAAUAAACUAAAAUUAAACUUGCAUUUUUUUCUUAUUAGAAAAAAGUAAUGGGGGAGAAGCAUAUGUAUGUAAUAGUCAAUUUUCUCGCUAAUUCCUCUUGGUUGUAACAAAAACAUGUUAUGAAUCGUCUUAUCAUAGACAUUGUGGUAAUAAUAAUUGUAUCAACUUAUAUCACAAUUAAUAAGAUUAGGUGAUAUAAUAUCGCUACAGACAUAAUAUUAUAUAUAAGUGAGUUAGAUAUGUUAUCAGUUGUAUGCUACUAUGCUCUGUUAUUUUUUUUUUACAAUUCAUAAUGACAAACAUUCUGAUGACUAAUAUGCUGUAAAAGUAUAACCAUUACAUAUAGACAUGAACAAUAUCAUAGAUACCGCAGUAACAAUUUUUAUGACAGUAGUUCCUUCUUAUACGUUACUAUUUCCGAAGACUAAAUACGCCAUAUUAUGCCUUUGGAUCGUGUAAUUUUAUUGUCAUAUCUUUCAUACUGAAAUAUACAUAUUCGAGCACAGCUGCUUCGCGGCAGAAAUAUGCGUGGAAUAAUAGGUACCCAAGCUGGUGACUCGUACAAAGUCUUACUCUGUUGUAAUCUAUGGUUAUGAUCAUGUUUUCGUUUUGAUUGCCAAUUGGGCUCAUAUAAAUAUUUAAAUGUUCGCAAUAGUUAAACAUUUUAUUUUAUUUUAUAUAAUUUUUUUUAAAAGCUUAUUUGGUGAAAGAAAAACAAAGAUUUGGAGACGACAAUGGCUAUGCGUCUGUUGGCCAAGUAGUAUUUAUUUAUUUAUACUUUAUUUUAUACAAAUUUAUACUAAUAUUAUAAAGAGAUAAAGUUUGUGAGUUUGGAUGUUUGGGGUAAUUUGCAGUACUACUGAUCCGAUUUUGAGAAUUUUUUCACUGUUAUCCCUGAGUGCUAUAGACUACUUUUUAUUUUGCUAAAUUUAUAUUUUAAAUAAUUAACUACAAUAAAUGUAAUUAAAGACGUCAAAAGUUAUAAUAUAGCGUCUAAAUAAAUAAAUAAAUUAAGUCUAUAAUAUAGCGUGCAUUGCCUGAACAGUUUGAAAUAAAAGAAUUAAAUCUAUAGUAAAUACAUUCAUUACUAAAAGCAA